CAAAGGAGGAGGAGAGGAGAAGGGGAGGAGUGGGGCGGGAGGCUCUAACGGUUGCGCGGCGCGCGUGCGGCAGGAGAGCGGACAGCGCCUGGGGUGGCGAAGGGGCGAAGGCGGCGGCCCGGAGAGGGAGUGAGAGCCGGGCGGGCAGGCGGGUGGGGGCGGAGGCGAAGGCGGAGUCGGAGGCGGCUGGGGUCCCGCGUCCACCUGUGCGGUCGCCAUCGCCACCGUUGUCAGCGUCGCAGGCGCGGGCAGCCGGGCGGGUGUGCGGGGCCCAUGGCGGCAUCGGCGGCGCUGUCGGCGGCGGCGGCUGCAGCGGCGCUGUCGGGCCUGGCGGUGCGUCUGUCGCGCUCGGCGGCUUUCCGCGGCGGCGGCGGCGGCGGCGGCUCCUACGGCGCCUUCUGCAAGGGGCUGACGCGCACGCUGCUCACCUUCUUCGACCUGGCGUGGCGGGUGCGCCUCAACUUCCCCUACUUCUACGUCGUGGCGUCCGUCAUGUUCAACGUGCGCCUGCAGGUGCGCAUCGAGUGAGCGGCGGCGGCGGCAUGCGGGGCCCGGCACGAUAGACCCGCGGCGCCCUGAGCUGGACGGGCCGACGGACAGACAGAAGGGCGACGGGCGGGGGGGCGCGGGGCACUUGUGACAGCAGCCGCGGAGGCUGCAGGAGGACGCCGCCCACCCGUCGGUGCUCCCCGCGGUCCCGCCAUCCCCGCCCGCAGAUCGCCGCCCCCGCUCCCGCCCCCGCUCCCCGCUCCCGGCUCCCCGCUCCCCGCAGUCCUUUCUCGCAGCGACCAGUUGCCUGGCAGCGGCCUGGUGCACAAAAUGGGGGACCCCGACCCCCAGAACUUGAGCGCAGGACGCGGCCUUAGCGGCGACCC